GACCGUGCUCGAUUUUACGACUCUGAUAUUAACAGACUUUUUAACCCCGACAGAAGUAGUGUACGGCGCCAUGAUCCCCGAGCCAGACUACAGCGACGACGAGAGGGAGACUCAGCCCUCCAGCGUCAGCAGUAUGGUCGCUAGGAACAAUAAAGUGAACACAAACAGCAGCAGCAACAACAAAGAGCAGGAGAAGGGCCAGCACCCGGCCUCGGAACGGCUGGACGGUCGCGGCCUCAUCAUGCCCAAGAAGCUAGUCAACCCCUGCCUCGAAUCGUCAGACAAAAUGAAUCUCCACAGAGAACUCAAAUUUAACCAGAAGAUGGGCGUCAAUGUGCUAAACCAGAAAACAGAGUUGCAGAAGGCCAUGGAGAAACACAAUGACAAGAAGGUGUUAAGGGAACAGCAGGAGAAGAAGCAAGCUGAAAUGACCCCCUUCCAGAAGGCAUUAGAUGAGAGAGCUCAAAAAAUUGAACAGAUGGAGAAAGCUGAAAAGGGCAAUGUGGAGAAUGAGCAGACGCCAUCUUGUGAAUUCCAGAAGAUCCAUGCCAAAGUUCGAGCCAAAAUGGAAGUCCAGUAAAGACUGGAUUACAAAUUCUUGGAAUCUGUUAUAACUUGGUCAAAUAUGACAUAAAAAAAAUCUAUAAAGAAAUAUUAAAAGAUAAUUAAUAAUUUUUAAAGAAUGUGAAAUAUCAAGUAUACUAAAACCAGUGUUAUUGUGAACAUUUUGAGAAAAAAAACAAAAACCAAGUUUUUUUUUUUAGUAUAAAGGUAUACUAUGCUAGAAUGUAUUUAGUUAUCAUUGAUACAGCCCAGAGAGCUUUCACACUUUUUUUUUUGUCAUCCAUACAUUCAUCUCAUGUAAAGAUCUCACAGAUCUCAUAAAUUUUCAUAAGAUAUGGGAUUUUUUUUUUCUUUCAACUAACUCAUUCAUCACAUAUGCAGACACAUCUUCCUUCUUCCUUCUUUUAAGUGAAAAAUAGAUUUAAAAGCAAGAAAAAACAGUAUUGUGGGAACACCAUAUAAAGUGACCAAAACUUUUAAACAGAUUAACUGACAAAAUAAUUAAAUAAUAAUAGUUCCACCUUACUACGGAUUAAUAAUCAAAAUGUCAGGUGAUGCCCCAACACACGAGUCAUAUCAUAUAAAUUACAUAUUAACACAUUAGAUACAUUUUCCCAUCCUUCAGUCCCCCUGUGACAAUAAUCAUAAACCGAGAUAGGAGAUUAGGGUUAACUGAAAUGUCUAUUUUCCUGACCUGUCUCACAAUAGCUGUACAAUGUCUUGACACUCACAAAUGUAUGAUGCCUUUAACACACAUUAGCCUAAGAUGUUUAUUACUUUUGUGAAAGUAGGUUUAAAGUAACUCAUUUGUUAUUUUCCCUCAGAAUGUCAAGCAUGUGGGAAAGGGAGACAAAAUUUUAUUUACAUUUUUGUCUUUGGAUCUCCUGUGCAUGACAUUUCCUUGAAUCUUUGCUUAAUUUAACAUCUGCUGAGGAAAAACAACAUUGUAUCAUUUAUUUUCUCCUUCAUCACUAAUAUUUGCUGUUUAUAUUAGGGUAAGAGAAUGUACAAGUGUAGAAAUAAAUAAAUAUGAUUUUA